AUGGUGGCCAAAAGAAAGAAGAAACAGGUCUCCGACGAGACUAUUAUGGAAGAUGAUAUGAACUUCUCCAUGAACAACGAUGAAGAAUUUGAUCAUCUAGAAGAUGAUCUGGAAAGAUCAGAAGGCGAAAUGAGCGAAAAAGAAUUGGAUGAAAUGGAGAAAAAGUUAAGAAAAAAGAAGAAAAAGAGAGCUUUAAUCGAAUUUCGUACCAAAGUGGAAGAAGCAAUCAUAGGCGAUUCUCUUUUAGGCAAACCCAAACCCAAAGAACAUCACAAAGAAAUAAGCCUAUGGGGAGUCCCUUUGCUACCGAGCAAAGGCCACGAAGGUACCGACGUUUUGCUCCAGAAGUUCUUGAAAGCUCAACGUUACAAAGUCUCCGAUGCGUUUGACAUGCUCAAGAACACUUUGAAAUGGCGCAAAGAGUACAAAGCUGAUGAGAUUCUUGAGGAGAAACUUGGAGGUGACCUUCAAAAUUUGGUGGGUUUCUUGGAGGGUAAAGAUAGGGAAGGCCACCCGCUUUGGUUUCAUGCAAAUGCGGCGUUGAGAGAUAGAGAAAUGUAUCAAAGAACGUUUGGAACUGAUGAGAAAUGUGAGGAGUUCUUGAGAUGGAUGGUUCAAAAUAUGGAGAGAGGGAUCCAACGGCUGAGAUUUGAGAAAGGAGGCGUUGAUUCUAUCGUUCAAAUUACGGAUUUGAAAAACUCUCCUGGUCCCGCUAUGAAGGAGUUUCGGAGUGUUAGCAAGAAAGCUCUCUUGCUUAUACAAGAUCAUUAUCCCGAGCUUGUUUAUAAAAACAUAGUUAUAAACGCUCCGUUUUGGUAUUAUGCUCGACAUAUACUCCGGUCGAAGAUUAUUAGCCAUAAAACCAAGGCGAAGUUCAUCUUUGCCAAUCAAUCAAAAGUGUCAAAGACGCUUCUCAAGUUUAUCGCCCCGGAACAAUUGCCGGUUCGAUAUGGCGGGCUUAAAAGAGAUGACGACGACGAAUUCUCACCGGCUGAUAAAACUUCAGAGCUUACCAUUAAAGGAAACUUCGCUGGAACCGUUGAAUUCCCCGCUCCUGAGACUGGAGUGACGAUAGUGUGGGACGUGACGGUAGCGGGAUGGGACGUGGUGUACAAGGAAGAAUUCGUGCCAGAAGAUGAAGGAUCAUACAGAAUUCAGUUGCAAAAUCAGAAAAAAAUGGGAGAGAGCUUGAGGAAUUGUUUCUACAUCAAUGAGCCUGGAAAGAUUGUUAUCACAAUUGAGAAUCCAACAUUCAACAGCAAGAAGACUGUGUAUUACAGAUCAAAAGUCAAGCCCACCGUCCCAAUGUACAUCUUGUUCAACAAAUAGUUGAGAUUCGUUCGAAAAAUAGUAUUCGAAUUGUUUUUAAAAAGUUUAGAGAUUUAUUAGACAGAAAGGAUCGAUCGAACAUAAGUUGUUGUAUAAGAAAGGCCUCGUCUUUAUUAUUAUU